AUGAAUCGACGAGUUUGCGGAGUAAGGCUCGUCUGGCCGGAUCAGGCGACGUGGCCAUGUCGGCCGCCUGCCUGAGUGUUAUGCUGAGCAGGGAAGGGAAACCCGAAGGGCUCUUCGACGGCUGGGACGCCAUCGGGAAAUCGAAAGAGACCUUGGAAGGGGUCAAGGGUUUUUGCCCGAAGCAGCAGCAGCGGUUUCACGAAGCACCCUAGGCAAGAUUUGCGAGCUUGCUAUUGAGCUCGCAGAUGUCCUCAGCCUGAACACGACGCGCCAUUACACUGCCAAUGUUUCUGCCUGUGCUGUGUGUGUGCCUGCAGGUGGAGAUCUACACCGCUGGGCCGAUCUGCGCCAUUUCCGUGUGUGGUUCUGCGACUGGUGCUGGCGGCCAGAGAUCUCAACGAUUCCACGGUGGCGGCGGCCUGCACAUGCUCGCCAUGGCGCUGCUCGGCAUCGGCAGCACGGCAACAUCGCUGACAUCAAAUCCACCAGGCCGCGAACCUCAGCCAUCCGGCCACAUCAUCCUGCUGAGGCGCUCUUUGCAGUGCGAAUAAGUCGGUGAUGGCUGGUGGGAUCGGAUCGAGGUGCCGAGAAGGAGGACGCAUUUUCGCCCGCAAAGGACUGCAUCUGGACCGACGUCGUGUGGGCUGUCUAUCGGUGUACUCAUCUUGUCCUGGAAGCCCCCGUCAGCCGACAUCGAGACAGAUCGCUUCGGGCGCUGGACGCGACACCAAC